GAUGAAGAGGAGAUGGAAGAAGCAGCCAAUCAGAAGCUUGCUCUCCAGAAGGCCAAAGAAGUAGCUGAAGUCAGCCCUAUGUCUGCUGCCAACAUCUCCAUCGCUGCCAGGCAGCAGAACUCGGCCAAGGCGCGCUCAGUGUGGGAGCAGCGGGCCAGUCAGCUAAGGCUACAGAACCUGCGUGCUAGCUGUGAGGCACUGUACAGCGAGAUGGACCCCGAGGAGCGCCUGCGUUAUGCCAGCACGCGCCAUGUGAGGCCAGACAUGAAGACACACAUGGACCGGCCCCUAGUGGUGGAGCCUGGCCGGGACGGCUUGCGGGGACCUGUGGGGAACAAGGCAAAGCCCGAGGGCACGGAAGCAACUGAAAAUGCAGACCCACCACGCAGACACCACCGGCACCGUGAUAGAGACAAGACCUCAGCCACGGCCCCUGCUGGCGGUGACCAGGACAGAACAGACUGUCCAAAGACGGAAAACACCGAGGCUGGGGCCCGGGAGGAACGUCCACGCCCUCGUCGCAGUCACAGCAAGGAGGCUGCAGGGGCUGAAGUGCAAGCCCGCAGUGAGCGCAGUGAGCGCAACAGGCGUCCCCCCCGCCGCGGCUCCCCGGAGGAGGAGGCCACUGAACGCGAGCCCCGGCGCCACCGUGCUCACCGGCAUGCACAGGAAUCAGGCAAAGAAGGCACUGCACCUGUGCUCGCACCCAAGGGCGAGCGACGCCCACGACAUCGAGGCCCUCGCACGGGCCCCCGUGAGGCAGAGAACAGCGAAGAGCCCACACGCCGGCACCGUGCAAGGCAUAAGGGACCACCAACACUUGAGCCCCCGGAGAGGGAGGCUGCAGAGAAGGAGAGCAAUGUCGCAGAAGGGGAUAAGGAAACCCGAAACCAUCAGCCCAAGGAACCUCACUGCGAUCUGGAGACCAUUGCAGUCACAGGUGUGGGCCCUCUGCACAUGCUGCCCAGCACCUGUCUCCAGAAAGUGGAAGAACAACCAGAAGAUGCGGACAACCAGCGUAAUGUCACCCGGAUGGGCAGUCAGCCUUCAGACCCCAGCACCACUGUGCAUGUCCCAGUGACACUGACAGGCCCUCCCGGGGAGACCACUGUAGUUCCCAGUGGUAAUGUGGACCUGGAAGGCCAAGCAGAGGGCAAGAAGGAGGCAGAGGCUGACGAUGUGCUGAGAAGAGGCCCCCGGCCCAUCGUUCCAUACAGCUCCAUGUUCUGUCUCAGCCCCACCAACCUGCUCCGUCGCUUCUGUCAUUACAUUGUGACCAUGCGGUACUUUGAGAUGGUGAUUCUUGUGGUCAUUGCCCUGAGCAGCAUUGCCCUGGCUGCUGAGGAUCCUGUGCGAACUGAUUCAUCCCGGAACAAUGCUUUAAAGUACAUGGAUUACAUCUUUACAGGCGUCUUCACCUUUGAAAUGGUCAUAAAGAUGAUAGACUUGGGACUGCUGCUGCACCCUGGAGCCUACUUCCGAGACUUGUGGAAUAUUCUGGACUUCAUUGUUGUCAGUGGAGCCCUGGUGGCAUUUGCUUUCUCAGGAUCCAAAGGGAAAGACAUCAAUACCAUCAAGUCCCUGAGAGUCCUGCGUGUCCUGCGGCCCCUCAAGACCAUCAAACGGCUACCUAAGCUCAAGGCUGUGUUUGACUGUGUGGUGAACUCCCUGAAGAACGUCUUGAACAUCUUGAUUGUCUACAUGCUCUUCAUGUUCAUAUUUGCUGUCAUUGCCGUACAGCUCUUCAAGGGGAAGUUUUUUUACUGCACCGAUGAAUCCAAGGAGCUGGAGAGGGACUGCAGGGGCCAGUAUUUGGAUUAUGAGAAGGAAGAAGUAGAAGCUCAACCAAGGCAGUGGAAGAAAUAUGACUUCCACUAUGACAAUGUGCUCUGGGCCCUGUUGACGCUGUUCACGGUGUCCACAGGAGAGGGGUGGCCCAUGGUGCUGAAACACUCUGUGGACGCCACCUAUGAGGAGCAGGGGCCAAGCCCCGGGUUCCGGAUGGAGCUUUCCAUCUUCUAUGUGGUCUACUUUGUGGUCUUCCCUUUUUUCUUUGUCAACAUCUUUGUGGCCUUGAUCAUUAUCACCUUCCAGGAACAGGGGGACAAGGUGAUGUCUGAAUGCAGCCUGGAAAAGAAUGAGAGGGCUUGCAUUGACUUUGCCAUCAGUGCCAAACCCCUGACACGAUACAUGCCCCAAAACAAGCAGUCAUUCCAGUAUAAGACGUGGACAUUUGUGGUCUCUCCGCCCUUUGAGUACUUCAUUAUGGCCAUGAUAGCCCUCAACACAGUGGUGCUGAUGAUGAAGUUCUAUGAUGCACCGUAUGAGUACGAGCUGAUGCUGAAAUGCCUGAAUAUUGUCUUCACAUCCAUGUUCUCUAUGGAAUGCAUAUUGAAGAUCAUCGCCUUUGGGGUUCUGAACUACUUCAGAGAUGCCUGGAAUGUCUUUGACUUUGUCACUGUGUUGGGAAGUAUUACUGAUAUUUUAGUAACAGAGAUUGCGGAAACGAACAACUUCAUCAACUUGAGCUUCCUCCGCCUCUUCCGGGCAGCACGGCUGAUCAAGCUGCUUCGCCAGGGCUACACCAUCCGCAUCCUGCUUUGGACCUUCGUCCAGUCCUUUAAGGCGCUGCCCUACGUGUGCCUCCUCAUUGCCAUGCUGUUCUUCAUCUACGCCAUCAUCGGCAUGCAGGUUUUUGGAAACAUUGCCCUUGAUGAUGACACCAGUAUCAACCGACACAACAACUUCCGGACAUUUCUACAAGCCUUAAUGCUGUUGUUCAGGAGUGCUACUGGGGAGGCCUGGCAUGAGAUCAUGCUGUCUUGUCUGGGCAACCGGGCCUGCGACCCAUACGCCAACGCCAGUGAAUGUGGGAGCGACUUUGCCUACUUUUAUUUUGUCUCCUUCAUCUUCCUUUGUUCCUUUCUGAUGCUGAACCUCUUUGUUGCUGUGAUCAUGGACAAUUUUGAGUACCUCACGCGGGACUCUUCCAUCCUAGGGCCUCACCACCUAGACGAAUUCAUUCGAGUCUGGGCUGAAUACGACCCAGCUGCGUGUGGGCGCAUCAGUUACAAUGACAUGUUUGAGAUGCUGAAACACAUGUCCCCACCUCUGGGGUUGGGGAAGAAAUGCCCGGCUCGAGUUGCAUACAAGCGCCUGGUUCGCAUGAACAUGCCCAUAUCCAAUGAGGACAUGACGGUGCACUUUACCUCCACACUGAUGGCCCUCAUCCGGACAGCACUGGAGAUCAAGCUUGCCCCAGCAGGGACAAAGCAGCACCAGUGUGAUGCUGAGCUGAGAAAGGAGAUAUCAUCUGUGUGGGCUAAUCUGCCCCAGAAGACUCUGGACUUGCUCGUACCACCCCACAAACCUGAUGAGAUGACAGUGGGGAAAGUCUAUGCAGCUCUGAUGAUAUUUGACUUCUACAAACAGAACAAAACCACCCGAGAUCAGAUUCACCAAGCUCCUGGAGGCCUGUCCCAGAUGGGUCCUGUGUCCCUGUUCCACCCUCUGAAGGCCACCCUGGAGCAGACCCAACCCGCUGUACUUCGAGGAGCUCGGGUUUUCCUUCGGCAGAAGAGUGCCACUUCCCUCAGCAAUGGUGGUGCCAUACAAACCCAGGAAAGCGGCAUCAAGGAGUCACUGUCCUGGGGCACACAGAGGACCCAGGAUGCACUUUAUGAGGCCAGAGCACCCCUAGAACGUGGCCAUUCUGCAGAGAUCCCUGUGGGGCAGCCAGGAAAACUGGCUGUGGAUGUUCAGAUGCAGAACAUGACGUUGAGAGGUCCUGAUGGGGAGCCCCAGCCUGGUCUGGAGAGCCAAGGCCGAGCUGCCUCUAUGCCACGCCUGGCGGCAGAAACACAGCCUGCCCCUGAUGCCAGCCCCAUGAAGCGCUCCAUCUCCACCCUGGCUCCACGCCCUCACGGGACUCAUCUUUGCAACACAGUCCUGGACCGGCCUCCCCCUAGCCAGACAUCACAUCACCACCAUCACCGCUGCCACCGGCGCAGGGAAAAGAAGCAGAGGUCCCUGGAAAAGGGGCCCAGCCUGUCUGUUGACACAGAAGGUGCACCAAGCAGUGCUACAGGGUCUGGCCUGCCCCAAGGAGAAGGAUCCACAGGCUGCCGACGGGAGCGCAAGCAGGAGCGAGGAAGGUCCCAGGAGCGGAGGCAGCCUUCGUCCUCUUCUUCAGACAAGCAGCGCUUCUAUUCCUGUGACCGCUUUGGGAGUCGGGAGCCCCCACAACUCAAGCCCUCCCUCAGUAGCCACCCCACAUCUCCAACUGCGGCACUAGAGCCAGGACCGCACCCACAGGGCAGUGGUUCUGUUAAUGGGAGCCCUUUGAUGUCAACAUCUGGUGCUAGCACCCCGGGCCGAGGUGUCCACUUUGCUGGGGGUCAGAGUGGCCUCCCAGCAUUCUCCCCUGGCCGUCUCAGCCGCGGCCUUUCUGAACACAAUGCCCUGCUCCAGAAAGAGCCCCUGAGCCAACCUCUAGCGCCUGGCUCUCGCAUUGGCUCUGACCCUUACCUAGGGCAGCGUCUGGACAGUGAGGCCUCUGCCCACACCCUGCCUGAGGAUACACUCACCUUUGAAGAGGCAGUGGCUACCAACUCUGGCCGCUCCUCCAGGACUUCCUACGUGUCCUCCCUCACCUCCCAAUCCCACCCUCUCCGGCGUGUGCCCAAUGGCUACCACUGCACUUUGGGACUCAGCACCGGCGUCCGGGCGCGGCACAGCUACCACCACCCAGACCAGGACCACUGGUGCUAGCUGCACCAUGACCACCCAUGCACCAGCUCUGUGGGUGCGGGUUCCAGUUGAUGAGUUUUAUCAUCCGCUCUGGGCUGUGGAGCCACAGCCCUGGGAGGAGGGUCCUCACAUCGUGGCCUCUGUGGUGGAGGCUCCUGCUUCUCUCCCUCCCUCCCUUUUACACUGGAUGGACUAAUAAAGCCCUUCUUAGAGGGAUAUGGUUCUGUCUAUCCUCCUGUGUACUGCCUUCCUGGGUUCCAUGCCAGAUGUUGGAUCCUAAGCAGGAGGUAGCUGAGUUGAGAUGGACCCAGCAAAUCCAAAUCCUAUGUCAUGGCCUCCAGCAUUCAGGGUGGGUACUUGGGACUUUCUUAGGAGGUCUGAGUCUCAUGAAGAGUAUUGUUUGUCCGAAUGUGUGUCAUGGAGGAUAGGGUGCACCUGAAAGCAAGGAAAGGAGUCCAACUGUGGCCUGGCAGCACCUGGCAGCAUCAGUCAUCUCAUGUCUAUUGUUGGUCUUAGAGUCAAACAGCACAUGUAUGUAGAGAUGCACUCAAGGCCCCGCCUUUCACCUUACUGUCACCAUAAUAGGGACCAAAUCUGGAGAAUGUUUAUGCUAUUGACUCUGGUUUUCAGUUACAACACCUUUCACUGUUUGUCAUUUCUAUAUAGUUGAUCUAGAAAAGCAGAAAACAAAACAGGGAAGGAAAUGUUCAUGUAACUUAAAAAAAAAUCAACAUGUAGGAAGGUCUCUGUUUUGCACUGUUUCUGUGACUUGUGUGUGAUGUUCCUGUAUGGAUUCUACCCUGCCCCGGAAGUCCCCAAUGCCCCUGGCUCCUCUGCUCAACCAAGUGCCUGAUCUCUGGCUCUGAGCUUCAUGUAUGAGGUGAACUAUCAAGUGGAUUGGGUGGGAACUGCUCAGAGCCACACUGGGGCUUGUGUCGUAGGGAACACUGACAAUGUCCAGCAGCAUGGCAGAGAAGCAGCCCUUGCGCCCAUGCACCUCCCCUGAGUGAUGGGUUCCGAAGAAGAAGCCACAGAGUAGCAGAGUGUGUGCUUGCAUGAGGCAUUUUCAAUCUGUUUUUUUAAUCUGAUUCUCAGGGACGGGAUGCCUGCCAAGUAGGGUAUCAUCUCUAUUGUGUUAAACAAACAAACAAACAAACAAGCAAACUAGUUUUCCCUGAAUGCUGAAGAGCGCUAAGCGCUAAUGAAGAGGGGAAUAGGGCAGGAGGGAGAUACCCUCGCUGGCAGCAUAACAAGAAACAGGCAGGAAGGAAACAGGUCCUGGAAUGAGUCUGGGUGUCUAAAGCCUAGUAGGGUUCCUGACCCCAGAUCCUGGGAGGCAGCAGUCAUGGCUACUUUGCAAAGGGAAAACCCAUACCCAGGAAGGUGUGUGGUGUGCACAGAUGGCUAGGAGGCCACUAGAGGAAGGUUGCUCAUAGGCAGGCAGGCACUCCUCGGGUGUGUUCUCUGUGUUUUGAAAUUUCUGAUGACUUUUUUGUGGGAUUGUUGGCUUCUAUCCCCAUGU